UCACUGCAUGCACAAACAGACUGUCUAACGUUAAAUUAAGAAUUCAAAGACUGAAAGAGAAGAAGGACAAGAAAAAGAAGAAAAAAGUAGAAAAAGAGAAACAUCGGAAGGUGGAGGAGGAACCACCGCCUAUUAAGCCGCCCAAGACCCCCAAAAUCACCAAGACUCCAAAACCUAAGAGCAACCGAGGUGUGAGCUGUCCAGUAAUGCCAAUAAAGAAAGCACCGAGCAAGAAGAACAACAAGAACAAAUCCAAAAAGGGCGGCAUGACGUUUAACGUGCCUCAGCCGGUCCACGAGCCCAUAGUGAGUCAUUUUGACUCUGAUGAAGAGGAGGAGACGGCACCCAUGUCGUAUGAUGAGAAGCGUCAGCUCAGCCUGGACAUCAACAAGCUGCCUGGUGAGAAGCUGGGCCGCGUCGUUUACAUCAUCCAGUCCCGGGAACCGUCGCUGCGAGACACCAACCCCGAGGAGAUCGAGAUAGACUUUGAGACGCUGAAGCCGUCGACGCUGAGGGAGCUGGAGAGAUACGUCAUGACGUGUCUGAGGAAGAAACCUCGAAAGCCAUAUGCAAAUAAAAAGAACAGUGCUGGCAAGUCCCGGGAAGAACUUGCUCUGGAGAAACAAAUGGAGCUGGAGAGAAGGCUGAUGGAUGUCAGUGGUCAACUCAACUCUGGAAAGAAGCCUCCGAAGACCAAACCAGAGAAACCUGCAACUGAAGCCCACACCCAGCCGUCACGCCUCAGCGCCAGUAGCUCCUCAUCGGACUCCUCUUCAUCCUCCUCAUCGUCCUCAUCCUCAGACACAAGCGACUCAGACUCCGGCUGAGCGUUGGACCGUUUCCUUACUAAGGGGUCAUGUGAGGAACCCUGGGAGUUUCUGUUCCCACCGAGUGGACUGAACUGUAGUAGAGCUGCUGACGACGGAGCCGCAGGGCGGAUCAGACCAGACCAGCACAAACUGGCCGACUCAACUUGUCAAACCGAGAAAGAGAGAGAUGGGGCUUUCCCUGCGCUCAGCUCAUUCAUCCAGACCUGCACACAGAAACCCUGAGGAUGGAUGUGAACGGAGGAAUAGAGGAGACUCAGUGUGAAGUCCUGCUGUUCUCUGGAGAACCGGCCUCGCUGGGUGGAGUGAGGGACGCUCCAUCUCCUGUACAUGCAGGAGAAGAUCAUACGUUGGAGGGAUAAGGGUGCUAGAGCCAGAAUCUGUCUCACUUCUGGAGAUAAUUUCCCUUCUUAGCGUGCUCCCUGUCUUUAUGCUGUAUAGAUAAGGUGUACAGUUAUAUAAAUAUCUAUUUUCUUUUAUAAAGAAGCAUUUUAUGGAGCUAAUUUAUUCCCUCAUUCUGGGAACGAUCGAACUGGUGUGGGCGGAGAUGUGUUUUAGUUUUUGUUUAGUUUUUUUCUGGAGUGAUGAAGAGGGGAAAUGUGUUUCUGUGUGUCUGUGCGUGUGUGUGUGUUUGUAUGAAUGUGUCACGUAUGUGUUUGCAUGCACAUGCGCGAGUGUGAGAUCCGGCACCACAAGUGCAGCCUUGUGAAGUUCCUCAUUGUUUUGACGCAGGCGUUGAAAAUCUGUCUGCACACAGAAGCACCUUGGUUCAGUAGAAUACAGAAUGCAUGCAAUACAGAGGAGCUGACAGACAUCUGCAUACUCAUGUACGACUUCCCUGCAUCCCUGUGUCCUCAUGUACCCUCACACAGGGUCGGCCACUGUACAGAAAUGUGACGUAGUUGCAGUUUGUACGUAAAUAUUUCUGUUGUCGGCUGUCUUUUUCAUCCAUUUCUCUGUAAACAUGUUGCUUUUUUUUCUUCUUGUGACCAAUCUGCUAAUAAAUUGUGAGGACGCGUCUCGUCCACUCACCCGUGCCCAAAUAACAUCCUGGUUCUUUGGAUUUCUUUUACUGUUUAACUUCAGUCUCAAAACAUUCGACUCCACGUUACAAAGAAAAGGUUUUGCUGUUUCUUAUGUUCAGUAUUUGAUUCAAGUAGGAAACGUUUUGGGUUAAAUCCUCCACUUCUGGUGUCACAAAAGCAAAACUGCUUUGUCUUUAAAACUGUUUGGCCUUUGAGAUCUGUGGCAGCUCAAAGUUUGAUCUUGUGUAUUAGCUGGGUUUUGUUAGGUUUACUUAUUUGUGUGAUUAGAAACUUUAGUAACACCAGGAUGGGAAAUUGUUACCGGCUGCUGUUGGUGAGAUUUUCUCUAAACAGUUUGUUUUUAAAGAAAGUCAGUGAAAACAUGGAAGUGGCUUAUUGAGUUUUGGGAUCCAGUGAACAGAAGAUGGUUUAAUGUUUUGAGUAUUAAUGAUGCACUGUUUGUUUUGGUGGUACUACUAAACAAUUUUGUGAUUUUUAGGUGAGCUGUGUUUCUUUUUGGUUUUUCUAAAAUCGCCUGUGACUUGAGAUUGGACUGUUGUUUGUCUGCAACUGAUUAUUUAUUCAGGAGGAAUCUGAAAGGAGACACUUUUCUCGUAAUCCUGAAAGGUUUUAAGUGGAAGUUUAUGAAUUAUGCACAGAUUAACUGUCAGGAUUGUAGAAGUGUACAUAUUUUACAGUCUCGAUCUUUGAGCAUGUUUUUGUUUUUUCUUCGGUAACUUAGAUUUUUUUUUUGUCCUGCAAAGAUUUUUUUAAGACAAAAUCCUCCAGUUGUCGGUUUCACUCUUCUGAAGUUUGUCAGGAAUCUAAAUGCCUCUGUACUCCAUCAUUUCAUCUGAACAUCUGUACAUAAAUAAACAGACACAUGUUCAUCUUU